AUGUCUUCACAGAAUAUCACCGACAUUGCCGCGGCGUUGAUCCAGCAAGAGCAGGAUCUGUAUACCGAAAGCUAUCUUACUUUCGCUGCAGCUGUUGUGCUUGCGUUCGACUAUGCUCACCUUGGUCGAGAGAUCGACUUCUUUUGGAUGCGUCCGUUUUCGAGCGCGACCGCUCUCUUCCUCUUGAACCGAUACUCGUUCUUGCUCUGGCCACUCCUCACUUUCAUUGGAUAUCAUGCCUUCACGGACGAGCUCAUGCGCUUAACCAUGGCGGUGCUAUGCGUGCACGGGAUCCCCACCGCUUUGUUCUCCGCAAUGCGCACCUUGGCCUUGAGCGGUAGCCGUGUUCUUGCCGUGCUAGUGUUUGUACUCUCCAUCGUGGGAGUCGCGUUCAACUUCGCCACGUUUUCGCAGCCGUAUUUCGGGGUCAGCGACCCACAGUGGGGUUGCCUGACGGACACUGGGACGUUUCCAGAGUCAUUUCUGAUCAGUCUCAGUGGGGUGUGUUAUCUCGUUCAUUUUGAUCGCCGCGGACUGCAUCCUGGUGGUUCUUACGUGGAAGACGCUGUCUUUCCGCGUGAAUGGGCCUGGGGUUUCAGCAGAUCGGAGGGUCAGCCACGCAUGUUCGCCGACAUUCUGGUUUGGAACGGAACCUUGUACUUCGUCGCACUUCUCAUCCUGAACAUUCUACACAUGUCGUUCACUUUGGCCGCCCAACUCACCUUCUCGCAAGGAUCGUUCUUCACGGUUUUCACAGAUCCGUCAGUACUUCUAUCCGCGGUGGGCCGCUCAAUUGCUAGCGACGCGCUGCUGACGAACCACAUGUCGAACAGACUCACCGGGAUCCUCGUCUCCCGCUUCCUGUUGGAUUUGCAGGAGGCGCAUCAACAGACGAUGAAGCUCGCGCCCGGCGAUCCUCUCCGCUCGACCUUGUCAGACUGCGAGUUUGGAUUCGGCGGGUCUCGUCCCGCCGGCGCGGUCUCUGCUCUCGGCUCCAUUGGCGCGGAUUUGGGUCAAAUGGGCAGGGUCCACGAUGCCAGUGAUGAUGAGUAG